AUGGAUGGUGUGUAUGUGGCUGAGAACGGAGACCUGGCAGCCGACUUUGACAUCCUGAACUGGGUGGUGUUUCCCAAUAGGAAGACGACCUCGAAGUUCUGGAACCUCCUGUCCUUCCUGUUUGCCAUUUGGGAGAUCAACCAGAAUCCCCAGAUCUUACCCAACCUCACCCUGGGCUACAACAUCUAUGACAACUAUUUCGAUGCCCGAAUGUCUUCUGAUGCCUUGGUAGACCUGCUUUCUACUGGGCAGGAGAGUGUUCCAAACUACAGCUGUGGAAAGCAGAGCUACCUGCUGGCUGUCCUUGAGGGGGCCGACUCGGAAAACUCCAUCCAGAUUUCAACCAUGACCAACAUCUACAAAAUCCCACAGGUCACAUACACAUUUGUUUCCCAUGUUCUGAACGAUAAAACUCAGUUCCCUCUGCUCUACCGCAUGGUCCCCGCAGAAGAAACCCAGUAUCCGGAGAUUAUCAAAGUGCUCUUGCAUUUCAGAUGGGUGUGGAUCGGUCUCUUUGUUCCAGACACUAACAACGCGGAGAGAUCCAAGCAGAUGCUUUUGGUGGGUGGCAGCCAACUGGAAUCUCAAAGGGUCCAGCCAUGGCAGCUUCACCCUUUCCUGAGAAACCCCCAUUUUUACAAUACUUCCAUGGAUGGUGUGUAUGUGGCUGAGAACGGAGACCUGGCAGCCGACUUUGACAUCCUGAACUGGGUGGUGUUUCCCAAUAAGUCUGUCAUCAGAGUGAAAUUUGGGAGUCUAGAGAGACAGGGAGCCGCUCGCCAAACGUUCUCCAUUGACGGGGAUGCCAUCGUGUGGCCCAAAUGGCUCAACCAGAGCCUGCCCCAUUCAAGGUGCUCCGACAGCUGUGGCCCUGGGUACGUCAAGGUGGCUACAGAAGGCGAGCCAAUUUGCUGCUAUGUCUGUGCUCCCUGUGCAGAAGGGACAAUCUCCACUCAGAAAGAUGCGGAUGAUUGUACCAAGUGCCCAGAAGAUCAGCAUCCAGACAAGAACCAAGUUCAAUGUGUCCCCAAGACUAUAACUUUCCUUUCCUAUGCAGAAUAUCUGGGGAUCAUCCUGGCUUCCAUUGCCCUGUUCUUGUCCUUAACCACCGUCUAUGUGUUAGGAAUCUUCAUUAAGUUCCUAGAAACUCCCAUAGUCAAAGCCAACAACCGGGACCUCUCCUACAUCCUCCUCGUCUCCCUCCUGCUUUCCUUCUUAUCCUCCUUCCUCUUCAUCGGCCGGCCAAGGAAAGCCUCCUGCCUCCUCCGACAAACUACCUUCAGCAUCAUCUUCUCACUUGCCGUCUCUUCUGUGUUGGCCAAAACUAUCACUGUGGUCCUGGCCUUCCUGGCCACUAAGCCAGGGAACAGGGUGAGAAGAUGGUUGGGGAAGAGUUUGGCCAACUCCAUUGUCAUUUCCUGUUCCAGUGUCCAAGUUGUCAUCUGCACCAUCUGGUUGGGAACUUUCCCACCAUUCCCAGAUUCUGACAUGCACUCCCAAGCUACAGAGAUCCUACUGCAAUGCAAUGAAGGGUCUGUUGCUAUGUUUUACACUAGCUUUAGCUACAUGGGCUUCCUGGCUGCCAUCUGCUUCAUGGUGGCUUUCCUGGCCAGGAAGCUGCCUGGGUCCUUCAACGAAGCCAAGCUGAUCACCUUCAGCAUGCUGGUCUUCUGCAGCGUUUGGGUGUCCUUUGUGCCCACCUACCUGAGCACCAAGGGGAAAUACAUGGUCGCCGUGCAGGUCUUCUCCAUGUUGGCCUCCAGUGCUGGUCUACUGGGCUGCAUCUUUCUUCCCAAGAGCUACAUUAUUGUACUAAGGCCUGAUCUGAAUACAAAGGAGCAUCUCAUGAUGAAAACUAAAGAUGGCAUAUGA